CAGGUCACAGUGAGCAGAACCAUUCUUCUUUCUAGUGACAGAUCAGUCCAGUCCGGUCCAUCCGCCACAUAGCCAGCUUGAAAGACAAACAUAGGUACUGCAUCGUCUCACCUGGUACCACACACACACACACACACACACACACAAACACAUCAGGCGGAGCUACAUCACCGCAUUCUUCUGCCUCCUGCAUAGAGGUAGAUGAAGACUGGAUGCUAACCGCAUCAUGCACUCAGAUAAUUCUCUCAAAGCGUUUUUAUGAGCAUAGGAGAGGUUCUAAUAACAAUUCUACUGCAGAAUGCACUGAUGGCAGUAACGAUGAAUGCAAGGUAAAGAGACCCUGUUUCCCAAAUGAUGCGGACGGACAGCAAAGGCCGCAGUGCCUCCCCUCACAGGAUAACUUAUAAGUCUGACUUCCAGGCCAUUAAAUGCUCAUUCGACACAGGAACCAGUCUACAACCAGGAACCAAAGCUGCUUCACCACACUCUGUGCACCAAAUUGGAGUGUUAUCCAGCCUGUCUGAACCGAUAAUGUCUCACACCAGCACCAGCGGCAGCGUGGGCAGCAGAGGGAGAGUCCACAGUACCAGAGGGACCAAGAUCAGAGAGAACAUUUUUCUCCAAAUGGACAGCCAGCAGGUACGACAACAUGGUGGUCCAUCACUGAAUUCUGGCUUCACUCCUCUCCUUUCUCCAUGUGUUUCAAGCCAACAGCUGCAGUCUUCUAAAUCUUCUCUUGGAUCUAGGUGUUCCUUUUUCAGUUUCCCAGGUGCUCUGAGCACUCCAUCAAGCAUUUCUAUACCUGAAUCCUCUCUGCUAGAGAAACCAUCUACAUCAGAAGAAAUGGCAGAUGUAGACAGAGCUGCUUUGGCUCAGAAAUUCUCUGUGACUCGGAGAUUGUUUGAGAAUAAGGUGAUGGAGGUUGGAGGUGGUGGUGGGAGGUGUUCAAGACUUGCAGCUUUCACAGAAUCCAAGGGGAUGACAGAUGUAAGAGUCAGCCAGGAGGAGAAAGCAAAGGAGGCAAGUGGAACAGGGAAGUGUGCAGAGGACAACAGCUUGGAUACGGAAAACUCCUCAAAUCUUACUCUCAUGGAUGUUCCUUCUCCAAGUCCUGUAUCAGCAUCCAAUGCUCCAGAGGAACUGCCUUUCACCUCACUGUCCAACCUUAACAAACACGACCAAAAUAAAAUGCCCAAACUUGAGGGAGAAAUGGCAGAAAGGUCUGUUGGCUCCUGCUGCACCGCCGAACAACCAGUGAGGGCAGAACUAGUCGACAUAAAGAAUGAGUCAUCAGAAAGUGAUGAGAAUGAAGAGGAAAAGGAGCAAAGGGAACGCAUUAACUGGAUUAAGGAUGAGGGGGAAACCUGUGUGAUGACAGCAGCAGGAGAAAGUGUGCAGGACCUAGUGGAUGAUGUUUUUGAGGAACUCUGCAUGGACACAGCACCGGGAUGCAAAACAUCUGUCCACCCUCGUAUGUUGCAGCAAAGCAUCGUGCUAAGGGCUGCAGAAGGUACACCAGACAAUUCCUCACAGAACCAUCAGGAGUUAUCUGAAAGCAUGCAAGCUGAAAGUGAGGAAAAUAAUGGUGAAGGAAGAAACAUGUUUGAGCAGGUGAAUCAAGAAUGGGAGGGUGAAAAGGAGGAGUGCAAAGAACGUAACAGAGCAUGUAGUACAGGGGCUGACAUGCCAAGAGAAAUGGAGGACGCCAAGAAGAACAAGACUGAAGCAGCAGAAGAAAGAGCUCGAAAAGGAGAACCAGGUAUAAUGCUGGAGGGGGAAGCUGAGUGUCACCCAGCAGCAAAGGGGGUGGGAGAGGGGUUAGAGGAAGGAUGCAGCCAAAGUGAAGGAGAGCCAAGAAACAGAGAAGAGGCAAAUGAGAUGGAAGCAGUUCCAGAAUCUGAAUACCAAAAAGGGCCUGCCGAUGUGGACGUCAAGCCAGAUGAGCAGAUUGGCAGCAGUCCUGGACAAGCAGAGUCUAAUGGGAUAGCUGUUGGAGACGGAGAAGUAGACCAAACACAAUCUGCUGUUGUCUUUGAUAUAGAGAACAGGGCUUUUGCUGAUGACCAAGAACAGGAAUCUCAGCCUCAUCCUGAUCAGUCACCAGGACAGGAUUGUGGAAGCUGUCUGGAUCCUGAAAAUCAAGUUCGAUUGCAAUAUGAGGAGAUUUGUGGUGUCUCUGAACUGGAUGACGAGGAGGGUGAAUGUUCUGCUGACACUUCAGAAAGAAAAGUCAGCUUCUCCUCAGCACCAAUCAAGGUGUACAGCACAUAUUCUAAUGCAGAGUACGACAGACACAAUGAGGACAUUGACCCAGUGUCUGCCUCGGCAGAGUAUGAACUGGAGAAGAGGGUGGACAGGAUGCACGUUUUCCCAGUAGAGAUAGAAAAGGGAGAUGAUGGUCUGGGUAUCAGUAUAAUAGGAAUGGGCGUAGGAGCUGACCAAGGAUUGGAGAAGCUUGGAAUCUUUGUAAAGACAAUCACUGAGGGAGGAGCAACACAGAAGGAUGGGAGGAUUCAGGUGAAUGACCAGAUAGUGGAGGUGGAUGGGGUGAGUUUGGUUGGAGUCUCUCAGCUGUUUGCUGCCACAGUCCUCAAGAAUACAUCAGGUCUGGUCAAAUUUUUGAUUGGUCGUGAGAAGGAGGGAGUGGAGAGUGAAGUGGCACGACUAAUUAAUGAAAGCCUGGAAAUGGACAACACAUCUAGAAAGAUCGCACAAGCAAGUGGCGAUGAGGGCAGUGAUGGGAACAUGUCUGAGAAAUGGUCAGAGGCCGAAGAAGACGAUGAUGAGGAUGUAUCUGUUCUCUCUAGUCUGGAGAACUACCAACUGUGCCUCAAAUAUCAGCAGCUCCAGUCAAAGCUGCAGCACAGAACAGCGCAGCUUCACAGCGUUAGAGAAAAGUUACAUACACUGAAGGAGCAGCAGGCCUGUUGGGAAAGUCAGAAGGCUGAUUUGGAACAAAGACUGGAGGAUGGAGAGGAGAAAGCUGACAAAUUAGAAAAGUAUUGGCAAGAGGCCCAGACACUGUGCAGGGUUGUGAGCCAAAGGCUGGCUGAUGCUCAGAGUCAAUCAGAAAGUCUGGAGAUCAAAUACAGCAAAGCUAAAAGACUGGUCAGGGAGUACCAGAGCAGAGAAGAGGAGUGGGAGAAAAGAGAAAGAGAUUUGAGGAGAGAGAUAGAGGAAAGAGACCAGCAAAUUAAAGAGAGAGUAGAAAGAUUGCAAAACCAGAUAGCUCAACUUGAGAGGAAAGAGCUGGUGUCUGAAAGGUACAACUGCUCUGUGGACACUUCUGUUAUGACUCCAGAUUGGUAUAUUCCAGUUCCUGACACAGGACGUCUAGAUUCCAGUGUUCACAUAGCCAGAGCUCAGCUGGCCCAGAAAGCCAAACGUCAUCCGCCAUCACGGGACAAACUCAGAGAAAGCUUCAGAAAACAGGAAGACGAAGUCCAGAAAUUCCUGGAGAGCCAAUCGCUGCCUGUUCCAGUAGGGUUGGGGCAAAGAAGUAGUCAGAGUGGCCAGUCCAGUACUUCCUCUUUCUCUGCCCUUAGUCCUCAAACCCCCAACACCUCAGUCUUCACCCCUCCAAGUUCCAUCAGUGCCACUGUCAUUCCCUCACCGUGCAAAUCCUCAGCAUCCAGAAAAACCAAAAGGAAGUUUCCUGACUUUAGCGGACUCCGUAAGUCUCUCAGCAAAAGACGAAGUGAUAAAAAGGCCAAAAAGUCACUGAACAACAGGGCUUCAUCUACUGAGCUGGUGGGUGAUCCUGAUGGAGUUUCCCCUUCAAGUUCAGUCACCUCUAUGCCUUCUUGCCUUUUGAUUCCGUGGUUUGGAGAUCGAGGGAGGGAGAAACAGGAGGAGGAGAACAGCAGUAGGGAGAAGCUUCGCUCCGUGUCCAGCAGCAGCCUGCCAUACCUCACCACCACAGGUAGAAGAGAUCAGAACAUUGGUUCUCCAGUGGGCAGCUCCAGCAUGGUGUGUCAUAUCUCUGAUCACUCCCUUUCUGGACACUCUCACACUUUCACCUUUUCCUCCACUGAGACCCUGGGAAAUGACCCAGAUCCCACCAAUAACAACCAGUGGCAAUCUCUCCCUGUUUUGGAAUGGACCAACCAGCAGGUGUGCCUGUGGCUGAUUGCUAUGAACAUGGAGUCAUACAUGGCCGAGUUCACUGCCAGAGGUGUGGACGGGACACAGCUUGUCAACAUGGACAGUGAGAAACUCAAGGCUCUGGGGGUGUGCAAUCAAAGUGAUCGCGCAUUUCUGAAGAAAAGGCUGAAGGAGAUGAGAAAGCAAGUGGAAAAAGAACAGAAGGACAGAGAGAAGAUACUGAAACAAGAAAAGGAGAAAGACAGGGAUGCAUUUUUGGAGGAGCAAGAAGGACGAGAGAAAGACAAGAUGAUGAUGAUGAUGAUAGAGGACAAGCCUAUAAAGGAGGCCAGUCGCAGUGGCAAAACUGUAAGAACUGAGUCACUCUUAUAAAGGACGGGCAGAGGCGAUGUAAUUCACCAAAACCAGCAUGAGGUCUUCUGCUGUUUCACAUCUGGAUAACUAUCAUUUAAAGUCAGAAAGGUUUUUAUCUUUAGGGCCAAAGCAGAGGUUGAAUCCAGCAUCAAUCUUUCUAAAUCAGUUUCAGUUGUAAUAUGUGACAAUGUACUACUGUUUCACAGUAAUUAUUUUUAAAUUAUGAUUAGAAUGAUUUUAUUAUUUUUGUGCUUAUUUAAGCACACAGGCAUCUGCUAUAUAUGCUUUUUUUUAAUGUUAAUAAAUAAUGAUUUAAACUUC